UGUAUGGCCCUCAUACAGUAGAUUUAAUGGCAACGGAUGCAAAUGUUAUGAUGUCCACAUCAGGGCUGCCACUACGACAUUUUACUCAAUAUCCGUCCCCACAAACAGCGGGUGUGAACGUUUUUGCACAAGACGUAGCUAUCGAAAAAUCUCCAUAUGUAUUCCGCCGUUUCACCUCGUUUUUCCUGUCUUGUGCCUUCUUAAAGAACAAAAAGUUAAACGAUGUACCAUCAUUGUACCUAUUGUUCACCCUCGACCGGUAUGGUGGUCACUUCUAGUUGAUUAUUGUGAAAGUUAUUUAAUGUUGGGUGAAAAGGGUGAUAAAACAAUAUUGCUUAUCCCAUCAAAAAAGGGAUACAUAUCUGACAAGAUAGGGCUAAGAUGGGAACUUAGAGCAUGCAGAAUGAACUUUGACUGAAAUUAUAGUAUCAAUGAAAUUCUAUUUGUAGACGUCAAAUUAUGGACUUGACCUUCUUGCUAUUGACGAAAGGUUACACAAGCUCCAAUAUAAUGAAGAAAAUAAGAAAUCUGCUUGCAGUGGGAACUAUUCAAAAUAUGAUCCAACAGAUGACGGAGAUUUUGCGAACCCAUGGACGAAGCCGUUCUUGGGAUGCUCAAUUGAAAGUAGGAAAUCCCUGUUUAUCCAUAGAAGUUAAAAAUUGUAUAAAGCAGUGUAAAGAGGAGCAGGCAAAAUCUCACGUAUUGCCAAAACAGGCUAAACCAAUAUUCUUUGGGAAAAUAAAAUCAAUGACAAUGUACAUUGACAGAGAAUUUUCGCGUCCCGAUUUAUCUUUAAGAGAAAAGUUUGUCCUUAUUCGGGAUCAAGCGAUAUUUAAAAUUCAAUUCUUUGCGGGUGACAGGAUCAGUGAUGUGUGCAACAUUCUAUCACAGGAAGUGAAAAAAUUACAAGACAAUUCUGGUUUUGUCUUUAAUCACACGUACGGGAAAACAUUGAGAGGAGAUGGGAAAUCAAACACCUUUGUCCUGAAAAGAUCUCAUGAUAAAGCUAUCUGUCCUGUUGUGGGCCUCGAGAAAUACUACAACUGGUCUAAAGAAAAUAAGGUGGAUCUUAGUUUAGGGUACCUUUUUAGACCUGUUUCGGAGUCGGGACGUGUAUUGGACCAACAGUUAGGUUAUUCGGCCGUUUACGAACGACUGCGAUAUUACCUGGUAUCUUUAGGUAUUUACGAGGGGGAGACCCCCCAUAGUCUCCGAGGCGGCUUUGCUGUAACGAUGGCGGUUUCGGGUACCGCCUCAUCUCCACAGGAUCUAAUGAAUCAUGUUGGCUGGACGAGUGAACGGCCGGCGCAUUACUAUUGUAGAACAAAGACUUUGACCGAUGCAAGUAAAUUAGCUGCAGAUAUUGCCAACUUAUCGGCAGACUCAAAUGAAGUCGAAGAAUUUUACAAACUCAACGGAGACUUCUCAUCCCUAGAUUCUGCAUUUGUGCCAAGUAUCUAAAGACACCCGGUUUCUUAUAUUGGCACGCAAAGAUGUAUAUACUUGCGUAUUUGAAUGUCGAUCU